GCAGAAAAAAAGCAGGAGAAAAGAAAGCGCUCGUGUUUAUAUUAAUAAAGGUCGUUUCCAGGAAGCGAUGCGAGCUAAAUUUGCAGCUUUGCAGGGCGUCACUUGUCGGUGAUGGAAGCUGCUCUGCGGUUGUAUAAACUCAUAAACGCUCCUCCUCCUGGAUGUAGAAACAGGUUGGAGAGGAACACAAGAGGAGAGGAGAACCUGAAGACCUGACCGAGGAGAAACAGCAUACUGCUCAAGGAAAAUGGAGGCCCAAGUGUCCAAGGUGGUGCUGUCUUUGGACGCGAAAGAGGUGGACUCGUUCAAAGACGGAGUGAGCUUCAAGAAAAACCCAGAAGACGGGAGGUGUUACAUCAUCUACAAGAGCAGCGGCGGCUUCAAAGCCUGCAAGAAUCAGUGCAAACACCAAGGAGGGCUGUUCAUCAAGGACAUCGAAGACCUGGACGGCAGGACGGUGAAAUGCACCAAGCACAACUGGAAGCUAAAUGUGUCAUCGAUGAAAUAUGUGAACCCGCCCGACAGCUUCCUGCAGGACGAGCUGGAAGUUGAAAUGUUGGAUGAUGGAGGCAUGCAGCUGGUCGAGCUGAGCCCCAUCGACCCCUGGCUGGCUGACCCCAGAGAACCUCUGGAGCUCCAGGAGGGAGAAGUUAAAAUAACAUACCUCACCCACGCCUGCAUGGAGCUGCAGCUGGGACCGAAGCGCUUCCUGUUUGACCCCUGGCUGCAGGGCCCCGCCUUCGCUCGAGGCUGGUGGCUUCUCCACGAGCCGCCGGCAGACUGCCUGGACCGACUCUGUGCUGCAGAUCUCAUCUACAUCAGCCACCUGCACUCCGACCACCUCAGUUAUCCCACUCUGAAGGUUUUGUCAGAACGGAGGCCAGAUGUUCCCAUAUACGUUGGUGACACAUCCAGACCAGUCUUCUGGAAUUUGGAGCAAAGCAAAGUCAAGCUGACCAAUAUCAGAGUCACUCCUUUUGGUGUCUGGCAAAAUGUUGAUGAUAACCUAAGGUUUAUGAUUCUGAUGGACGGUGUUCACCCUGAAAUGGACACCUGCAUCAUUGUUGACUAUAAGGGUCACAUGAUCCUGAACACGGUGGACUGCACCAGGCCAAAUGGGGGCAGACUACCAGAAAAAGUGGACCUGAUGAUGAGUGAUUUUGCUGGUGGUGCAUCUGGAUUCCCCAUGACAUUUCACGGAGGGAAAUACAGCGACUCGUGGAAGGCACAGUUCAUCAAGAACGAAAGGACGAAGCUACUGAACUACAAAGCCACGCUGGUCAAAUCCCUGCAGCCGAGGAUCUACUGUCCCUUCGCUGGAUAUUUUGUGGAAGCUCAUCCAUCAGACAAGUACAUUAAGGAUACAAACAUCAAAAACAGAGCAGAAGACCUCAACGCACUCAUCAAUCAGCUUUCACCGGACACCAAGACGUGGACUCCCAAACCCGGCGCUGUGCUGGACCUUGGCCUCGCACUGAAAGACCCCACAAGCAGUGAGGCCAUUACUGAUCCUCCAGCCAACGCCAAAAUCUACAAGGACAGCUGGGAGUUUGACUUGUAUGUGGAUGAGCUCAACAGCGCCAUCAGCAGUGAGAUAUUCAAGCAUGAGAGCUGGAUCCAGUUUUAUUAUUGCUGGGCAGGCUUUCAAAACUACAACCUGGUGGUGCGGAUGAUCGAAACAGAUGACAGCUUUGAACCAGUGAGCAAUGGCUAUGACUACCUGGUGGACUUUUUGGAUUUGUCAUUUCCUUCCACAAGACCAGAGAGAGAGCACUCCUACAUUGAGGUUAAAAACAGAAUCGGCGUGAUGAGGUACGUGGUUCUGCACGGCGGCCUCUGGGACGACCUGUACAUCGGCUUUCAGAACCGCAUCAGCCGAGAUCCCGACAUCUACCACCACAAGUUCUGGAACCACUUCCAGACCCAGUUACCUCUUCACAGACCAGACUGGGACCAGUUUCUGCAGCAGGUCCCUCCCAUCCAGGGGAUGAAUUGGAACUGUUCCAUUUUAUAGAUUUGGAAGGAGGAGAUGUGAAGGAAAUGAAGUCUCAUGGAAGUCGUCUUCCCAAUGGAAAUUCACUGUGUGGAAUUGUUUUUAUCAUUAUUUUCUUACUUAUUCAGUUAGAAAUGACUUAGAUAUAUUUAUGCUUGAAAUCAAAAUGCAAUGCAUCAACUGCGUUCCAUGCAGAAAGACACCAGGCCAGGAAUCGAACCCAAGGCAACAGUGCUACCAACUGUGCCACUGUGAAACCCUCGCUGAGUUGAAGGUGAUGUUUGUAUGGUGUAACAGUAGAUCAGGCAAAACCUGUCCUGGUUCAGGCGAGUCGGGAAUAUCGACGUUAUUUCUCAAUGCCACAGUAAUCAGAGGGAAGUUUUAGAGAUAUGUGACUUUAUUUAACUCAAACGUUUGCAUAUCUUUUGUCAAAUUGCCGUUUACAACGAUUUGAAAUUCCUCGCCAUGUUUUCAACACACUACACACCCAUUUUGGUAAAACCAAACUGGACUGUGCGACAGUUGGACUCUCACGUUGUUUAUGCUUACCUAUAAUGGUUCAAACAGAUGAACGUGGCGCCUUAAGGCCCUGGACUUCUGGGCCCGACCGGCGUUUGAGGUCUUAAAUGCUCCCGCAGCUGUGCCUUAAAAAGCCAUGGCAAGAUCAGACUUGUCUGAAAUUUUUAAUCAACAUAGUAAUCCUAUGGCAUACAAAUCUUCUCUCAUUAUUUUGAUAAUUAGUAAAAAGAUUGUCCUAAUUUGAACUGGCCGAAAAAAAACAGGAACAUUUCAUCCUAUUUAAGCUAAUAUAGUCAAGAAAAAUAGGUUGUCUUUUUCUUUUUUAGACUGUGCUUGACUUGUUGAAUGUACUCUAAUAAUAAUAAUUGUAUAAGCCCUUUAUAUCUCAAAGGGCUCAUUCAUACCCUGGUGAGGUGAGCUGCUGGUUUGUAGCGACAGCUGCUCUAGGACGUUCUGACAGAAGGGGAAUUUUGCGCCAUCUGCAAAAAAAAAGGUGAUGAAGCGUUUUGCCUGAGGACGAGCAAACUGGGAAUCAAACCAGCAAUCUACUGAUUACACAGACCAAACUCCUGUUACCGUCACCACCAUUGGUUCCUCGUUUGUAUUUCUUUAUGCUUUCAGGAAAUAAAUCAACUUGAAUCCAGA